CUUUCACCAUUUCUCUCUUCCUUGCUAAAUCCCAGGAUGACGACGGAAACCGCCGCCAAACCCUUACCAAAACGCCGUGAUUGCCACCAAACCCUCGUCCUCAAAUCUGCAAUCUUUUCAAGAUUUUUGCUUUUAUCCCUGUCCAUUCUCUGGCGGGUCCUCCUCAGGCCCUAUGACACCUCCGCACCUCUCAACCCCGCCUGCCUCACAGACCCUAACCCCCACCCGCACCCUCCUCCUCUCUUCCCCUCCCUCGGCUCCGCCAUCGAGAAUGGCAUCGUGUGGGAUAGUGUGUACUUUGUCCGGAUCGCGCAGUGUGGAUACGAGUACGAACAGUCCUACGCUUUCCUCCCAUUGCUGCCGGCAUGUAUUUUUAUCUUGUCACAAACAGUUUUUGCGCCAUUGAUUCCUGUGUUUGGUCAUAGAGCUGUCCUGGGACUGUCUGGAUAUGUUGUUAGCAAUGGGGCAUUUGUUUUAGCAGCGAUUUACUUUUACAAGCUUUCAGUUAUUAUUUUGAAGGACCCUGUUGUUGCACUUAGGGCUUCAAUUUUGUUUUGCUUCAGUCCAGCUUCGAUAUUCUACUCAUCAAUAUAUUCAGAGAGCUUGUAUGCCCUAUUUUCAGUUGGUGGAUUGUAUCAUUUAAUCUCUGGCGCAAAUAGUAUUGCCAUUAUUUGGCUCGCUCUUUCUGGCUGUGCAAGAUCUAAUGGAGUGCUAAAUGCUGGUUAUUUCUGUUUUCAGACAAUGCAUCAGGCUUAUGAUGCAAUCUUUCUGAAAAAGCGUAAAUUUGUAAGUUUCUUUUCUUUUGUUUAUGCUGACUCUUGAGCUUGUUGGGAUGUUGUGGAUGCUCAGCUACUCAUAAGAAUUUUUGGUUUCUAAUUUUAUGCUUAAAAUGCCAAAUGCUUUAUGGGAAUCGAUGGCAUUCUUGAUAAUAUGGUAUUUAUAUAAUAGUUGGCAUUGCGGAUUCUAAUAGCUGGAGCACUGCAUUGUAUAUGCAUUUUUGCACCAUUUAUUGCUUUUCAAGUGUAUGGCUAUUACAAUAUCUGUCAAGGACGUUCUCCAGAUGAAUUGAGUCCUUGGUGCAAAGCAAGAGUACCAUUGCUGUACAAUUACAUUCAAAGUCACUAUUGGGGAGGAGGAUUCCUGAGAUACUUCCAAGUGAAACAAAUACCUAAUUUUCUGCUCGCAUCUCCAAUAUUGUCAUUGGCACUUUGCUCAAUUGGCUAUUAUGUGAAUUCACGACCUAAGAUUGUUUUUUCAUUGGGCUUUCAAGCUUCUGUUGAGGAAAAAGGUUCUUCAGUACUGUUUUUUCCUCUGGAGGCAGACCAAAGAUCAAAAGGUCCUUUGUCAGAACAAUCUUCUUCUGUUAGACAAGAAAAUCAUAACCUGAGACAGCGAAAGAGAAUGGGACAAGGAAGAGAUCCUGCUCAGCAUAGAGUAGACCAUGAACCCUUGGAGAAGUCAGGAUAUUUAUGUGCCUUUAUGCUUCCCUUUAUAGUGCAUCUUGGAAUCAUGGCAGCCACAGCAUUUCUUGUUAUGCACGUCCAGGUCAGACUCAUCCUUGUUCUCUGUUGAUUUAUAAUUUUUUAUUACAGCUAUAAAGCCUCAUCCUCAUC